GUACAGAUUGAGUAUUUACUUAAAAAACUCACUGAAGCAAUGGGAGCAGGCUGGCAGCAAGAGCAGUUUGACCACUAUAAGAUUGCUCUCAACACCAGUCGAGAAGGUCUUUCUGCAUGGGAGCUCAUUGACCUCGUUGGAAGUGGGCAGUUUAGUAAAGGGAUGGACCAACAGACGGUGUCCAUGGCAAUCAAUGAAGUCUUUAAUGAGCUCAUAUUAGAUGUACUCAAGCAGGGCUAUAUGUUGAAAAAAGGUCAUAAAAGGAAAAAUUGGACGGAACGGUGGUUUGUGCUAAAACCCAAUAUUAUUUCCUACUAUGUAAGUGAAGAUUUAAAGGACAAGAAGGGAGACAUCAUACUGGAUGGCAACUGUUGUGUAGAGGCCUUGCCUGACAAAGAUGGAAAGAAAUGCCUUUUUCUCAUAAAAUGUCUUGACAAAAGCUUUGAAAUCAGUGCCUCUGAUAAAAAGAAGAAGCAGGAGUGGAUUCAAGCCAUUCAGACCACUGUAACCCUGCUGAGGGCGGGGAGCCCUCCACCCCACAAAGAAGCUCGCCAAAAACGAAAAGAAUUGCGCCAGAAACUGUUAGCGGAGCAAGAAGAGCUGGAGCGGCAGAUGAAAGAACUGCAAACGGCCAACGAGAACAAGCAGAAGGAGCUGGAAACUGUGCGAAAGCAACUGGAAGCAGCAGCUGCUCGUGCUGCUGAGGAAGAGAAGAAAAGACUACAGACUCAAGUCGAAUUACAAGAUCGCUUCAGUUUGGAGCUGGAGAGAGAAAAAAUGGUAAGACAGAAAAUGGAAGAGCAGGUUGCUCAGAAAUCAUCUGAACUGGAACAGUAUUUACAGAGAGUACGUGAACUGGAAGAAAUGUAUAAGCAGCUACAGGAAGCUUUGGAGGAUGAGAAACAGGCACGUCAAGAUGAAGAGACUGUAAGGAAACUUCAAGCCAGAUUACUGGAAGAGGAGUCAGCAAAGAGAGCUGAACUGGAAAAAUGGCACUUGCAGCAGCAACAGACCAUUCAGAUGACAGAAGCAGAGAAGCAAGAGCUAGAAAACCAGAGAAUGAUAAAGGAACAGGCUCUUCAAGUUGCUAUGCAGCAACUGGAACAGCUUGAACUGGAAAGGAAGGAGGCCCUUGAGCAAUAUGAGGAAGUUAAGAAGAAGUUGGAAACAGCAGCUAAUAACACCAAGAGUUGGAAAGAUAAAGUAGCUCAUCAUGAGGGAUUAAUUCGACUAAUAGAGCCAGGUUCCAAGAAUCCUCACUUAAUCACAAACUGGGGCCCGGCCGCCUUCACUGAAGCUGAACUCGAGCAAAGACAAAAGAGCUGGAAAGGGAAAAAAGCCACUUCUGAGUAACGACAGUAGCUGAGGUACCACUCGUGACUAGAAGCCCACCUUCCCUCGUUCUGCUUUGCACAGAGCAGCUUCUUGCUUAUAAAGUCAUAGUUUGCUCAGCAGGUUGGGCCUUUCUUCAGAGGAAAUCCUGUUAGCACAUAGGGGUGUCUGCUCAGAGCUCAGUAAUUACAGUAUACGGUGUCUGACAGUACUUGCCGUUUUCCCUCACGUUUCCAGAAAUUCUGUUCUUUUAUACAAAACUUUUCAACUGAAGAUUUUUAUUUAACUGUAGCUUGUGACAGUCUCGUUUCUGUACUAGCCUGUAACAAUCUGACAGCAUCUAACCGACCAAGCAGUGUCACUUUCAUUCCACAAAGGGAGAGAAGCAAUUGUUUCAGUGGUUCAGUUAAUGUGAUUUAAUCCCGGGAUAAAUCAGUCCUGGAGGUUCUGUCCAGCUCUGAGACAGAGCAUUACCUGUCCUUCCAUUGAGUCUCCUUUUAUUUUUGCUCUGUCUGUUGCUCUUC